AUGAAAUCAGCUGCCCUGGAUAUUUGCGAAGCACUGGGCAGCGUGUGCAGUGCACGUGAGCUUGACGACGACCUUUCCGAGGGUAUUGUUCAGUGUGCAACCUGCCCAACUGACACCGUACGGCAACGUACAGUUCAGGCACUAGGUGUGGUUUCUGACCCUGCGAUACCCAACAAAGUCCUGCCCAAGCUUUUGGAGGAUUCCAGCCUUUUGGUUUCCAAGAUGGCUGUGGCACUUGCCGGCAAAAUCGGGGCACCUGCGGCCACUCAUGCAGCAGCAGUGGCAAGGCAUCUGACAAGCUUCGACCCAGAUCUCAGGAAAAUAGCAGCACAGUCCUUGGGACAGCUGGGUCGAUUGCCGCCUAGCACUGCCAAAGACAUUGCUGCUACCUUCAAGUCAGAGAAGAGGGAAGAGGUUCGCAUCCUCUUAAUCCAGGCCUUGGGGACACAAGGACCGCAAGCCAGUCCGUUUGCCCAGCUGUUCCACACGAGCUUGAAGGAAUCGUCUGUGACAAUGCGGUGUGCAUGCAUCCAUGCUUUGGGAUGCAUUGGCGAAGAUGCAGGCGACCACGCACCGGCGAUUGCAUCGCUGGCCCUGACCGACGCAGACGAGAGCGUUCGGCAGCAGGCUGUUCAGGCCUUGGGUCAACUUGGACGACCAGGAAUCUUUGCCCUGGUGGCACGUCUGGAGGAUCAAGAUGCAGCCAACCGUCAGCAUGUGCUAGAGGCCUUUCAGGUCCUUUGCAAGCUGCCGGUAACGCAGGAAGCUGGCCCAGCAGUGAUGCGGGCUUUGAAGGACGGCUUGUCACAAGUGCGGGGUGCUGCAUGCAUGACGUUGGCGAUGCUGGCGGCUGCGCAAGUAGAGCAGGAAUCUCAAGAAGGGUCUUCGUCAGAGAAGGCUGAAGAGGAGGACAAGCUGUACCAGCUGAAAGUCGAGAGCGGCUUAGUGCGCAGGAGAGGCACCGACCAGGCGAUGCUGGUGGCAAACAAGCUUGCGGGCCUACUCGAAGAAGAUGAUAGCCCUGAGGUGCAAGCUGGCGCUCUUCAUGGCUUGAGAGCGUUGGGACCAAGCUUUGCAGCCCCCCAUGCGCAGAUCCUCGCUGGAUUUGCUGGUGCAAGCUCUUCAGACUUUAGACAGACUGUUCUGUCCACACUCGGAGGCUUGCAGGAAGCAGCGCUGCCAUUUGUGGACCUGCUGGUCUCCCAUCUUGGACUGGAAGGGAAUGGAAAUGAGGCGGAUGUCGAGGUCCAAACUGCAGCAGCAGCCGCACUUGCAAAUCUGGGUACGCUAGCCAUGGCAGCUGCCCCAUCGCUUGCUCGGCGGCUUUUCAGUGGCAAUUCUACUUCGCAUGGCAGUGACCCGCAGGUCCUGGUCGCAACAGCUUUCCUCGCAGAUGCUUAUGGCGGCCAUUCGCAACAGGGCCGUUGCGCGGAUCCUUACGAUUUCGAGAAGCAAAAUGCAUGCGCCAAGGAAUGGCGUGCGAGAGUUCACGUCACAUGCUCGGGUGUCUGUCCAGAGGACCGGAGGCUGCGGCGCGUGCUCCAUGAUGGCGACAUAGCUGCGGCAGUCUGUGGAUGGGCACAGGGCACCGUGUCUUUCCCGGUCCAACCGAUCACAGACAUCUCAGAGAAUAUGAACACCCAGGGUAUCAGCAAAUCCUCGGAGGUGCUGAAGGAAGUUCUAGGAAACUGCGGCAGCGCUUUGCUGAAUGUUCUUAACUUCCUUGGAUCUUUCAUCCAUCAUUUCUCCCAGCAUCCACCUUCUGUCUUCCAACUUCAAAACAGCAUGGCUAGCGCCAAAACUGAGAAGUUCAGCAUUAAUGGCUGGGAAGAUGGCACAGGCUUCGGCUGCCCACAGACAGAGGGCUCCGGCAUUCAAACUCCAGUCGGAGCGACCAUGCUCACAGAGUGCAUGGAGAAUACAGUGGGCCAGUGCGUCAUCGCGAAGCUGGAAGCAUCCGAUGCAGAAGUUCGACAGGGCGCUGUGGACUUCCUGUAUCACGCCAUGGCCUUGCUGGAAGACGUCGCCGCGCCACAUGCAGUUGUUGUGGCUUGCCGGCUGCGGGACCCGCGUGCUGGUCAGUGCGGGCUUGUGCAAUUCAAUGUUUGUGCAACAUGGGCGGCGCUGCGAUUCCGGCCCACAGUCGUCCUUCGGCGAGCACGCACGGUUCCCAAGGCAUUCCAGAACAAGUCGCCUAAUGUCCUGCGAGCUCAUGCUGUCCCAGAGUAUACAUGUCCAAGUGUCCAAGUCAUCAUGACGUCCAUCGUGUCCAUCCCCGAGUGCAUCCCUCGGCUGGCUUUCAGCGGCGAGGGCAUGCCACAGGCGUUCGGCGCAUUGGAGCACGCGCCGGAAUUCAGUCCAUUCGAGUGUGAUACAGAUCCGGAAGUCCGGCUUUGCUGUGUGGAAGCGCUGGGUCGUUUUGGGGAAGAUGCAAGUGCUUCCGCGGCAUCACUGGCUAAACGCUUGGCAGACGACUCUGAAAUGGUGUGGCAAGAGGCAUUUGAAGCUCUCAGAAAGAUUGGUCCCGCUGGUCCUGCAAAGCUAGCAGAGAGUAUUCAGAGCGCAAGCACGCCUCAGGUGCAACAGCGUGCGGUCGACUUUCUGGGUGCCUUCGGCAAGGCCGCUUCACAAUAUGCACCGAUUGUUGCUGGCCUGCUCGGAUGCGGUGCGGAGAAGUUGGAGAAGUCCGCAGUGAGCACGCUGAAGUCCAUGGGCGCCGAUGGCGCGGCUGCGGUGACGCCGAUCCUAUUGCAUCCAGAGCCGCCCGUUCAUGAUUCCCAAAACAUGUUGGACGAUGAGAUCAAGGCAGCGCAGCUGCAGCGUCGACUGGUUGCAGCUGCUGCGCUCAGGGAGUUGGGUGAGGACAGUUUUGGGCAAGCAACAAUUGUUGCGCAUUGCUUGCAUGAGCAAGAGCCGAAGGUGCGCAAGGAGGCUGUGAUUACGCUGAGAAGUCUCAGCGUGUCAGGGGCGAACGCGCUGGGAGCCCUUCUGGACGAAAACGUCAGGCUGGAUGUCCGAGUCCUUGCCAUAGACACUCUGGGCAAAAUGGGCGAUGCAGCUCGCGAAUGGAUAGCUCCACUAGCAAAGUGCCUGGAGGACAAAGCUCCCGAGGUGCGACGCAGUGCUGCCGUGGCGCUAUGCCUAGCUCUUGGAGAGCUGGCGAGUGCAAACAUGGCGGGCCAAGUGGCUGAGCAUGUUGAGCUGUUGGCUGCCGGCGUUCAUGAUGGAGACGCCUUGGCACGGCGACGGUGCAUCGAAACUUUGGGCAAGCUGGGCACCAGUGCCAGACCCUAUACAGAAGCCUUGGCGCAGAUUUUGGAAGGAAUUGAUAGUUGGAACUGGACGCCAGUGGCCAGCGCACUCGCGGAACUGGGCACUGCAACGUCGAAGCAUGCUGAUAUUCUUGCAGACAGCCUUGCUCAUGACACCCGCUCGGUGCGGUGGAGCGCUGCCAGUGCACUGUCCAAACUUGGGCCAACUGCGAAGGAGACCAUUCCGCCUUUAGUUCAAUUCUUAAAGUCCGAAGAAGUCUCUCUUCGGUGUAUCGGAACGCAGGCGUUAAUGGUCAUUGCGGAGGGGCCCAACAGCCUCGAAGAGUCAUUUCUGCCUUUGCUGUCGGACGCGGACGCUAAAGUGCGAGAGCAUGCAUGCGAAGCUUUGGCGAGAUGUGGAUGUAAGCAGACCAACUUGCUGGUCGAGAAGCUUACAGACGCGGAGCCUUUUGUUCGGCGCGCUGCAGCCACGAGCCUUGGGGAGCUUGGAGAGCCGGCAGCCAAGCACGCAGGUGAUCUGGUCGAGUUGCUUUUGGACUACCACACCACGGUUGCGAUGGCAGCUGCAAAAGCACUGAUUGCGCUUGGGGCAGCCGGUGCUGAAGCGUUAAUGCAGAGGUUGCUCAAGGGAGGCGAGGCGGAAGAGGAGGAAAGGGACGGAGGCGAAGACGUCGAUGCUGAACCCGAAAAUGGCACGCUGGAGAGAAUCAUGCUCGAUGCAAUGCAGGGCGCGCCCGAGCAUAUCAUUGAGCCCUAUGCGGACGUGCUGGUCGUCUUUCUUGCGGCCAACCAGCCUGAGAUUCGACUUGCAGCCUGGGCUUGUCUGUCCAAGGUGUCAGAAACUGCCUUUGAAUUCAUGGUGAAGCGGGCAUCGGACUCGCACAUCGUUGUGCGCAAAGGUGUGGCAGAGGCGAUUGCGUUCCUUCUAUCUGGAAUGGGCGUGGAAAGCACGCCGACAGGCAUGCAAAGGAAGGCAGCAGAGACUUUGGCAGAACAGCUCACAGAUCCAAGCGACGUCGUCAGAUUGCAAGCCUGCGAGGCUUUUCGUCGAAUAGGUGGGCCUUUGGCGGAAGCUCACAUGUCUGACUUGGCACGACGAUUGCAGGAGCACGAUGUGCGGGUGUACAGGUCUGUACUGGACGUUCUCGGCAAUUUGGGGGUUGCAGCUGCUCAGCAUGUUUCGCUGAUUCGAGCGCGGCUUGAGGUACCUGAUGUGAACGUGCGGCGGAGUGCUGCCACAGCGAUGGGCAAAAUGGGCUCGGCCGGAGUCGCGUCGGUUCCCAUGCUGGUGCUUCGGUUGGAGGAGGAUUCUGAUUCUGUGGUGAAGAAAUGUGCUGUGGAGGCGCUGGGAUCGCUGGGAGCUUUCAGCAAGCAGUCCGCGCUGCACAUAGCCAAGACGCAUGCAAAUCGCUUGGCCUCCCAUUUGAUUAUGAAUGAAGUGGCUUGCAUCCGACAAGCAUGUGCUGAAGCUAUAGGGAAGCUUGGCCCGCCUGCCUGCGGAUGUCUUCACGAGCUUGUCCUGGCCUUGGGCGACUCCGACUUGAAGGUGCGGCGGGCAGCAGCUCACGCCCUUGCCGGGCUUGGUGAGGGGUCGGCUACAGAGGCUGUGGCCCUUAUUCGGAGCCUUGAGGACACUGUGGAUCUGGGCUAA